CCGGCAACGAAUGGACAAAUCGAGCGGGCGAUACAGACGUUCAAAAAGGUUUGUCACGGGCUGGGGAAUUACCUAGGGUUAUAUUCGUCCAAGACGGUGCCGACCCACCUAAACAAGAAUCCUGCAGAGCUGUUGAAUGGUAAAUAUAGUACUGUGGUGUUAGCGCUAGAUGCAGAUAAUGGGCCCGACCGCUCCGAACGACAGCUGGAGGUGGUCCCUAUGGACCAGAAGAGAAGUGGCGACGAGCCACCAUCGAGCAUGUCGAAGGCCCUAGUUGUG